AUGGCGACAUCUCCGCUCCCACUCGCCCCUCUGUCUCUGGCGGUGUUGCUCGGCGGCCUGGGUAGUCUCGUCAUGCUACUUACCCUUUACGUCCUCCCCACUGCUCUCUCCUCGGUCGUCCCCCAAUGGCGCGUCCGUCAAACCCCAACCCAUCUUCUAGUCGUCCUAGGCAGCGGCGGACACACCGCCGAGAUGUUUUCUAUGCUCCGGCGCAUGAAGCUCGAUCCGUCGCAGUAUACGUAUCGCACCUACGUGGUGAGCUCAGGGGAUGAUUUCAGUGCUCGAGCGGCGACUCGGUUCGAAACCGAUUACCUCGGACUCGCCGCAUCGUAUACCAUCGUGACAGUGCCACGCGCGCGUCGCGUGCACCAGUCCUACGUGACAGCUCCCUUAUCCACCUUGCAAUGCUUCUACGCCUGUCUUCUCGUGUUGUGCGGGCGUCAUCCCGAUCAACCUCCCCUGUCUCCCUUGCUGGCCUCCCCGUAUCCGGAUCUCAUCCUCACUAACGGUCCUGCCACGGGGGUCUGCGUCAUCCUGGCCGCUAGACUCCUCCGACUGUAUCAUUCUCUAGUGGCCUGCUUCACGCACGGGAACCGGCUGCGUGUCACCGAUGCAGCUGACCGAGCACCGGGCAACCGACUGCUAAUGCGGGACAGUUUCCAGCUUCGUACGAUCUUUGUAGAGUCCUGGGCGCGAGUGACCAGCUUGAGUCUCUCGGGCAAGCUACUCCUUCCUUUCGCCGAUCGAUUCCUCGUCCAAUGGCCAGCGUUGGAAGGGAAGCGGGCGUGGAAGGGAAUGAGGCCGACAGAGGGAUUGGGCGCCGUCGUAGCCCAGAAAUUCGCUGCGGAAGGGUGUAACGUCGCCAUCAACUACGUUUCGAGCAACGAUGCUGCCGAAAAGCUGGCAUCAGACCUGCAGGCUCAGUACAACGUCAAGGCCAUUACCAUCCAGGCUGAUGCAAGUCUCCAGAGUGACUGUAGGAGGGCUGUCAAAACCACCAUAGAGCAGUUGGGGGGUCUGGAUAUCGUUGUGUCGAAUGCCGGUUGGACAAGAAUCACGCAAUUUGCAGAUCUAGAUGCCACAACCGAUGAAGACUGGGACAGGUGCUGGUCUACCAAUGUCAAGAGUAAUCUGUGGCUUUUCAAGGAAGCCCUUCCCACGUUUAACGAAAAUCCCGAGGGUGGUGUGUUUCUGAUCACCUCCUCGACUGCGGCUGUCUCGGCUAUGGGGAGUAGCUUGCCAUACUCCGUGACCAAAGCAGCAGGGCUGCACCUCAUGAAGUGUCUUGCGCAGACACAAGGCAACAAAGUCCGGGUCAACGCGGUUCUGCCUGGUCUUCUACUCACCGAAUGGGGUCAACGUUUCCCUCGUGAGAGUGUCGAGCGCUACAAGGAGAAGGCAGUUCUCAAUCGAGUGGUUGACGUUGAGGACACUGCCAAUGCGUACGUGAUGCUCGCCCAGAACUCGUCUAUGACGGGACAGUCCAUCCAAAUCGAUUCCGGCGCCGCUAUUAAAUGA